AUGUGGCUAACUGAGUCUCAAAAAUUCGGCGUCGCGUUCACUUUUGGUGGAUGCCUCUUCUUUUUGUUCGGCGUGCUAACGUUUUUUGACCGCGCGCUACUGGCUCUCGGUAACAUUCUAUUCCUGGUGGGCGUGCUGCUAAUCAUAGGCCCUCAGAAGACAUACACGUUCUUCACCAGGCCGAGCAAGAGACGUGGCUCCUUCUUCUUUUGUUUGGGCAUACUGAUGAUCCUGCUGAAAUGGACAUUUAUGGGAUUCAUAGUAGAGUCUCUCGGGAUCGUCGGCCUCUUCGGUGACUUCUUCGCGGUCAUCGUCCAGUUCUUGCGGUCCCUACCUCUGAUAGGGCCCGUCCUUUCACACCCUGCAGUAGCACCCUACGUCGACAAGAUCGCGGGCGUGAGAGUACUCCCCGUGUGA